AUGUGGCAGUUGCUUUUAUUAUUGGCGGCGUCGGCGGCGGCGCGGCCCGAGGAGACGUCCACGACCAAGGAGGUCAACUACCGCAAAUAUAUCGGCGAGCAGGAUUAUAAAUUGCCCCUGCUCACCCGGCUAGUCGAGCCUCUCGUCAUUGGCCAAACGAUCCACACCGUCGGAACGUUGAAGGCCGAGCCCAAGAGGGUCGACUUCAACUUCCUGAAGGGCGGCGCUAAGGAUGCCGACAUGCCCCUCCACUUCUCCAUCCGUUUUGAUGAGGCCGGUCUGUUCAGCAACGGCAAAUUCGUCUACAACACGUACCAGAACGGAAACUGGAGCGAGAACGAGCAGCGCAUGAGCAACCCCUUCAAGGCCUCCGAGGAGUUUGACCUGCGCGUCCGCAUCCUCGAUGGAAAGUACCACGUGUUCGCCAACCGCAAGGAGCUCGGCUUCUUCGAGCAGCGCCAGGACCUCAAGGGCAUCGAUCACGUCUCGAUCCGCGGUGACUUGGUGAAGCUGCGCCUGUUCCACUAUGGUGGCCGCAUUUUCCCGAACCCCUACACCGCGGUGGCGCCACUGAAGCCCGGCAAGCGUCUUGAUGUUUCCGGAUUGGCCACUGGCAAGCGCUUCAACGUCAACCUCUACAAGGAGAACAAGGAGUUCGCUCUCCAGAUCUCUGUCCGUUUCGAUGAGGGCGCCGUUGUCAGGAAUGCGAUGACGAACAACGUCUGGGGCAAGGAGGAGCGCGAGGGAGCCUUCCCGCUUGAGAAGGGACAGAUCUUCGACCUGACCAUCAUCAACGAGGAGUACUCGUUCCAAAUCUUCUUCAACGGCAAGCGAUUCGCCACUUUUGCCCACCGCGGAUCCCCGUCGGAUCUGAAGACGAUCGGCAUCGACGGCGACCUCGAGAUCCACGCCGUCAACUUCAACGACGCCCCCGGCAUC